CCAUGUGCAAGUUUUCAAUGCCUGUGGAAUUGAGCAUGAACUGUCAAAUUCACGUAGACGUUACGCAAAGAAUCAAUGCAUUCGUCAGAGAUUUACGUUGUUGUUGGUGCUUCGGUAUGCGAUUGUGAAAACCGCCAAAAUGUUGGACGAAGAAACGGAAAAUUUAUAUAUACAGAAUAUUGAAGAAUUUGUUCUCGAUGAAAAUAAAGUGGUUACCUACAAAUGGCUUAGUAAGACUUUGGGUGUGCAUGUGAACACGGCGAAGCAAUUGCUGUAUGCGUUUGCGACACAGAGUGCAGAGGCAAAGACCGCAGGGAUUAAGAAAACCUUCCUUAUCAGUGGGGUUUUGUUGAAUGAUGGUGGGUGCAAAGUUGCUGUUGUGCAGGAAGAAAACUUGCAGAAAUUAAAAGACCAGUUCAAAACUAUAACUUCGGAACACAUAUACAGUGUGCAGAAAGUGAAGAAUGACACAGCCCUUUGUGACCUGUAUAAAGUUGAUAGUUUCCAGAAGGAUGACAGUAGUCCGGUACCUGCCAUAUCAUGUAGCAAGUGCCUGCCAAGAACGGAUUCUGAACUAUCGAAGUUAAGGAUAAAGGCAGAGGCUGCAACAGUGACCUGUGAUUCCAAACAGUGGCCAACAGGCCCUACAAAGAAAGCUCCAUCAUCCAAAUCACCAACCAAAAAUACAGAAAAUUCCAACAAGCGUGUAACCAAUGGUGAAGCAGACACAGCAGAAAAAACUGUAGAAGGUAACAGUGCAGUUGUAAAAAAUGGUCCAAAACCGGGAAGUAUUGCUGCAAUGUUUGCAGCUCGAGGUAGCAAGGUCCAGAAGUCAUCUGAAAGUUCAAAGGCACCCGCAAAAUCCACUGCAAAGGGAAAGAGUGGAGGUAUUGCAACAUUUUUCAAUAAAAAUGUUGGAGAAACAAAUGCUAACAAUGAAAAACUUCUUAAAAACCAAACAAAAGAAGCAGCACCUGAUGGAGAGAAGCCAAAAAGUGAGGAGAAUGGCCAUUGCCCAUCACCUAAAGGGAAUGAUAGUCCUCCAGAAAAGAAGCGUAAGUCAGUUCCUGAAAUAUCAGAGCAAGAAGCAACUUCAAGUAAAAGAAGAAAGAUUUCAGAGGAUAAAAUUGAUUCAGAAGAAGUAAAUAUAAAGUCAAAAAAAGUUGUUGAAACCAAAUCAAAUAAAAGCAAGAAACCAAAUAAAAGGAAAGAAAAAGGCAAUGAUAACAGUGAAAAGUCAGUCAAGAAACGGAAGAGAAUCAUUGUCGCUGACUCUGAUAGUGAUGAUGAUAUAUUUGAGAAAGAAGAAAUUCCCGAAUCACCACCACCAUUAGAAGAACAUGAACCUGAAUUGCCGUCCCAGCGAAGUGACAUGGAAGACAUAAUACCAUGCACUCCUCAGCAAGAACUCAAUAAAGGUCGGAAACUCAUACGGAAGUUGGUUGAUAAAACAUUUAUGGAUGAGGAUGGCUAUAUGAUUACAAAGAAGGAAUUUGUGUAUGAAAGCUGCAGUGAAAGUGAUCAUGAAGAAGGGAAAGAAAAUGAAGUGAAGACAGAAAAUGAAUCCACACCAAAAAAUACCAAAAAAGAGACUCAGAAUAAUGUUAAAGAGAGCCCAAAGAAAAAGGUUUCACCUCCUCAGAAAUCAAAACAGGCAACACUUAUGAACUUUUUUAAAAAGAGUUAAGUUUUAUAAAUAUAUUUUAAUUGGAGCCCUGUGAAACAGUAGUGUAAGAUAUAUGUGUAUUUUUAAUUGUAUUCAAGGAACGUAUUUUCAGGUUUUUUGCUAUUAUUAUUAGUGACCCGAGAUGUAUAUGAACAUGUUUAUUUUGUUAUUCUGCAUGUAUAUACAUCCUGAAAGAAAUUUGUAAUGUAAUGUGCCUUUCAUUGAUGGAUUGAUUAUUGAGUUAUUUGUGUUCUGAGAGAAUUGUACACAAAAACAUAUGAUUAUUAAAAACACUACACUUAAA